AUGAUAGAAGUGCUCUAUGAACAAGAUGAAGAGUAUACUGAAGUAUUUGAGGCAUUUAAAUCUGAACCAAAUUGGAAAGUUGAAGAUAAAAAAGAUGAGCAUUACUUCUUGAAAUUGUUAGGCUUUGAUAUCAAUAAUAGAAAAUCCUCAAGUCACAAUCGAUGGGAAACAACAAAAAAUUUUUAAUUGGCUUAAAAUUAUGAGACAACAAUUUGUACUG